CCAGCGGACGGGUACAAAUAACCCCAACAGAGGGUCAGACUGCAAACUGAUUUCUUUCACUCGUUAAUAACACGUGCAGCUUCUGUGUUUAAGAGUCUAUAGUGCGCGACAGUGGGGUGUCUCUUAUAAAGCUCGGUUCUACUUUCCCACGCGGAGGAGUGUGUCCCGGAGCUCAGAGAAGUUGCGUGGAGAGAAUAUCACCAGAGACACGGAGCAGAUACACGAUCAUUCAAGGAAUAUUAUCCUCGUCUUUAGAACUCAGAGAAAGAGCGCACAGAAACACACAACUCUUCAUCUGCGCUCCUCAUCUUCCUCCACUCCGUGUUGUCCGGCUUGUAGCGGUGGAGAAUGGCGCAGAAUUUACCCAUCCGCUUCCAGGAGCAUCUGCAGCUGCAGACUCUGGGAGUGAAUGCGGCCAGCAUCAGCUUCAGCUGUUUGACGAUGGAGUCUGACCGCUUCAUCUGUAUCAGAGAGAAGGUGGGCGAACAGAACCAGGUGGUCAUCAUCGACCUGAGCGACCCCACCAACCCGAUCCGACGGCCCAUAACAGCGGACAGCGCCAUCAUGAACCCCGCCAGCAAAGUCAUCGCGCUGAAAGCGGCUCGGACGCUCCAGAUCUUCAACAUGGAGAUGAGGAGCAAAGUUAAAGCUCACACCAUGGCAGAUGAAGUGUUGUUCUGGAAGUGGAUCUCUGUGAACACGAUCGCCUUGGUUACCGACACUGCCGUGUAUCAUUGGAGCAUGGAGGGAGACUCUCAGCCAAUCAAAAUGUUUGAUCGUCACGCCAGUUUGGCAGGAUGUCAGAUUAUCAACUACAGAACAGACGAACAGCAGAAAUGGCUGCUACUCAUAGGAAUAUCAGCACAGCAGAAUCGGGUCGUAGGCAUGAUGCAGUUGUACUCUGUGGAUCGCAAAGUGUCUCAGCCCAUCGAGGGUCACGCCGGAGCGUUUGGACUCUAUAAACUGGAGGGAAACCCAAACACUUCAACACUCUUCUGUUUUGCUGUCAGGGGUCAGGCUGGAGGCAAGCUUCACAUCAUUGAGGUGGGUCAACCUCAGACAGGUAACCAGACGUACACUAAGAAAGCAGUGGAUGUGUUUUUCCCACCUGAAGCGCAAACGGACUUCCCUGUGGCCAUGCAGAUCGGUACUAAACACGGUGUUAUCUACCUCAUCACUAAGUAUGGUUAUUUUCACAUGUAUGAUCUAGAGUCUGGAGUGUGUAUUUACAUGAACCGCAUCAGCGCUGAAACUAUAUUCGUCACGGCCACUCACGAGAGUACAUCUGGAAUCAUCGGAGUCAACAAGAAGGGACAGGUUCUGUCAGUUUGUGUCGAAGAGGAGAACAUAGUGAAUUACGUGACUAGUAUGCUGCAGAAUCCAGAGCUGGCGUUGCGGAUGGCAUUACGCAGCGAUCUUCCCGGAGCUGAAGAGCUCUUCACACACAAAUUUAAUACUCAAUUCUCGCAGGGAAACUACACUGAGGCGGCCAAAAUCGCUGCUUCAGCUCCCAAGGGCAUUUUGCGUACGGCAGAUACCAUCCGCAGGUUCCAGUCCGUCCCGACUCAGGGUGCUCAGGCGUCUCCAUUGCUGCAGUAUUUCGGCGUUCUAUUGGAUCGCGGGCAGCUGAAUAAACUAGAGUCAGUGGAGCUCUGCAGACCCGUGCUACAGCAGGGACGAACACAACUGGUGGAGAAAUGGCUCAAAGGAGAGAAGUUGGAGUGCUCAGAAGAGUUGGGUGAUCUGGUGAAAGCCGCUGACAUCACGCUAGCUCUCAGUGUUUAUCUCAGAGCAAACGUUCCAGUUAAAGUCAUUCAGUGCUUCGCUGAGACUGGACAGUUCCAGAAGAUAGUUCUCUAUGCUAAAAAGAUGGGAUGUUCUCCAGACUGGCUGAUGUUGUUGAGGAGCGUGAUGACAUCUGGACCAGAUCAGGGGCUUCAGUUCGCUCAGAUGUUGGUUCAGGAUGAAGAACCACUGGUCAACAUCAGCCAGGUGGUGGACGUCUUUAUGGAGGGUAAUCUCGUGCAGCAGUGUACUUCAUUCCUAUUGGAUGCUCUGAAGAACAACAGGCAGGAGGAGGGGCCUCUACAGACACGCCUCCUGGAGAUGAAUCUCAUUCACGCCCCUCAGGUAGCAGAUGCAAUUCUGGGUAAUCAGAUGUUCACACACUACGACCGUCCUCACAUUGCUCAGCUGUGUGAGAAAGCUGGUUUACUGCAGAGAGCGCUGGAGCAUUACACCGACCCUUACAACAUCAAACGAGCCAUCGUUCACACACACCUGCUCAAUCCAGAGUGGUUGGUGAAUUUCUUCGGCUCUCUGUCUGUUGGCGACUCUAUCGAGUGUUUACGGGCGAUGUUAGCCGCUAACCUCAGACAAAACCUGCAGCUGAGCGUUCAGGUGGCGUCUAAAUACCACGAGCAGCUCGGAACUCAAACGCUAGUGGAGCUUUUUGAGUCUUUCAAGAGUUACGAGGGUCUGUUUUAUUUUCUGGGCUCCAUCGUGAACUUCAGUCAAGACCCUGAUGUGCAUUUUAAAUACAUUCAGGCGGCGUGUAAGACGGGCCAGAUAAAAGAGGUGGAGCGCAUCUGUAGAGAGAGCAACUGUUACAACGCCGAACGCGUCAAAAGUUUCCUCAAGGAAGCCAAACUUACCGAUCAGCUGCCUCUCAUCAUCGUGUGUGACCGCUUUGAUUUCGUCCAUGAUCUCGUGCUGUACCUGUACCGAAACACCCUGCAGAAAUACAUUGAAAUCUACGUACAGAAGGUAAACCCCAGCCGUCUGCCGGUGGUUGUUGGUGGUCUGUUGGAUGUGGACUGCUCUGAGGACACGAUUAAAACUCUGAUUCUGGCAGUACGAGGAGAAUUCAGCACAGAACAACUGGUGGAGGAAGUCGAGAAAAGAAACAGACUGAAGCUGCUGUUGUCAUGGCUGGAGUCUCGCGUUCAGGAAGGAUGUAAAGAAACUGCUACCCAUAAUGCCCUUGCUAAGAUCUAUAUCGACAGCAACAGUAGUCCUGAGCGUUUUCUCCGAGAGAACAUGCACUACGACAGCGCCACAGUGGGGCGCUACUGUGAGAAGAGAGACCCUCACCUGGCGUAUGUGGCCUAUGAGAGAGGACAGUGUGACAUGGAACUCAUACAGGUGUGCAAUGAAAACUCUUUGUUUAAAAGCGAGUCGCGGUAUCUGGUGAGACGGAAAGAUCCGGAUCUUUGGGCGAGAGUUCUGGAGGAGACCAACCCUUACAGACGCCCCCUGAUAGACCAGGUGGUUCAGACAGCUCUGCCUGAGACGCAAGAUCCAGAGGACGUGUCAGUGACAGUGAAGGCAUUUAUGAUGGCAGAUCUGCCCAAUGAACUCAUAGAACUUCUAGAGAAAAUAGUGCUGGAGAAUUCUAUAUUCAGUGAACACAGAAACCUGCAGAAUCUGCUGAUACUGACAGCGAUAAAAGCGGACCGCACACGAGUUAUGGAAUACAUCAACCGUCUGGACAAUUAUGACGCUCCUGACAUCGCAAACAUCGCUAUUAGCAACGAACUGUAUGAAGAGGCCUUCUCAAUCUUUAAGAAGUUUGAUGUUAACACCUCGGCCAUACAGGUUCUGAUCGAGCAUAUCGGGCAUCUGGACCGGGCGUACGAGUUUGCCGAAAGCUGUGGAGAGGGAGCGGUGUGGAGUCAUCUCGCUCAAGCUCAGCUUCAGAAGGGUCUCGUGAAGGAAGCCAUCGACUCGUAUAUCAAAGCUGGAGAACCUUCUGCAUACAUGGAGGUGGUGGAUGCUGCCAGUAGAAACGGUAACUGGGAAGAUCUGGUGAAGUUUCUUCAAAUGGCAAGAAAGAAAGCCAGAGAGCCGUAUGUAGAGACGGAGCUCAUCUUUGCUUUGGCCAAAACAAAACGUCUCACAGAGUUGGAGGACAUUAUCAACGGCCCAAAUAACACUCAUAUACAACAGGUUGGAGAGCGGUGUUAUGAAGAGGGCAUGUUCGAAGCUGCCCGGCUACUCUUUAAUAACGUGUCUAAUUUUGCUUGUCUGGCAUCCACGCUCGUUCACCUCGGUGAGUUUCAGGCGGCAGUUGACAGCGCGCGCAAAGCUAGCUGCACAGGCACGUGGAAAGAGGUGUGUUUUGCUUGUGUAGAUGGCGAGGAGUUCCGGUUAGCACAGAUCUCUGGACUUCACAUAGUGACUCAUGCUGAUGAACUGGAAGAACUCAUUCACUACUACCAGAAUCGUGGUUAUUCUGAGGAGUUGAUGGCGCUGUUAGAGGCGGCGUUGGGUUUGGAGCGCGCUCACAUGGGCAUGUUCACCGAGUUGGCCAUCCUCUACGCCAAAUACAAACCUCAGAGGAUGCAAGAACAUCUGGAGCUCUUCUGGUCCAGAGUCAACAUCCCCAAAGUGUUACGAGCGGCAGAGCAGGCCCACCUGUGGGCGGAGCUUGUGUUCCUGUACGAUAAAUACGAGGAGUAUGACAACGCCAUCUUGACGAUGAUGUCACACCCUACAGAUGCCUGGAGAGACGCUUCAUUUAAAGAGCUCAUCAGGAAGGUGGUGAAUGUGGAGCUGUAUUAUAAAGCUCUGCAGUUUUAUCUGGAUUAUAAACCGCUGCUGCUCAACGAUCUGCUGUCUGUACUCGCACCUCGACUCGACCACACCAGAGCCGUCAACUACUUCGACAGGGUGAAUCAGUUACGGCUGGUUAAACCAUAUCUCAGAUCAGUACAGAGUCACAAUAACAGAGCUGUGAAUGAAGCAUUAAAUAACCUGCUGACAGAGGAAGAAGACUAUCAGGGUCUGCGAGCGUCUAUAGACGCGUAUGAUAACUUUGAUUCAGUUGGUUUAGCACAGAGACUGGAGACACAUGAGCUUAUAGAGUUUAGACGCAUCGCUGCGUAUCUCUACAAAAAUAACCAGCGCUGGAAUCAAAGCAUUCUGCUCUGCAAGAAAGACAAACUCCACAAGGAUGCGAUGCUGUACGCUGCAGAGUCACAGGACGGUGAUCAGGCUCAGGAACUCUUGCGCUGGUUUAUUGAAGAGGGAAAAUGCGAGUGUUUCGCUGCGUGUCUGUUCAGCUCAUAUGACCUGUUGGCUCCUGAUGUGGUCUUAGAGUUGGCAUGGAAACACGGCCUCAUGGAUUAUGCCAUGCCAUACUUCAUCCAGGUGAUGAGAGAAUACCUGAGCAAGGUGGAUGAGUUAGCCAGACAGGUGAAGGUGGAAAAACUGCAGGAGGCUGAAAACAAGAGAGCGUCUAAAGACGAGACCCCUGAACCCACGUCUAUAGUGUAUGGGCAACAGUUGAUGUCAGCUGGCAGUCAAACACCAGUCUCACCCCAGCCGGGUUUCCAAAGUUACGGAUACACAGCUCCAGGAUUUGCUCCUCCAGUUUACGGCUUCAACAUUUAGACUUGAAUCCCGUUCAUCACUCCCGUCAGGACUUCUGGGAAAUGUGUGCCUGUGAGACAGACACUUGAACGCUGCAUUUGGGACGCAUGAUGAAAGCUGUCUGUCUGCAAACAAAGAGCUAAAUAUGUCUGGUUUACUCCGUAUAUUCCUUUGCUGAGUGAUAUAGUCAGCUGCUCAUUAACUUAUGUUUUAAUUUAAAUUUUAUCAAAACAGAAGGAUAUAGCACUGAUGAUGAGAGGAAACAAGAAGAGAAGAGAGGUAUGACGCUAAACCUAAACUACCAUUUUGGACACACCUACUGAAUUUCUUAUUACCAUUCUUCUUCUGCCCUAAAAGGGUCUGGGCAGCACAAACCGUAAGUUCUGGAGACACCAAAUUUGGCAGGAUGGUCCUAAAUCCCCCCACUAUUUAGAUGCGUGCACACACAGCCCAAUCCGACCCUAGGUGGCGCUAUAAUACAAACUUUUACAUUUUUGCUAAUGUACUUGCAACCAAAUGGGCUAGAAGCAAACAAAACAAAAUGUGUAUCUCCAAUUUCAUUUCCAUCUGUAGUUUUUUCACCAUUUUUAGUUUUCCGAAAACAAAUGGCAAAACGUUGCAUUUCCGAAUAACAAAAAAUGUAUCAAAAGAAUUUUGAUUUGUCAAAUCGUUCAGAGGAUAAAGGUUGAUAAGUGAAACUGGGCCACUGCCAAAAAAGUAAUUGGCUUAUAUCUUCUAAAUUAUUUUACGAAUCAGAAUUAUUUUGAUACAUUUUUGCAUUGAGGUUCUCUAGAUGAUACAUGCACAAUUUUAUGUGAAUCCGACCAACGGUCUAGGAGGAGAUAGGAAAAGUAUUUUUUUCCGCAUAACUCGAAAGAGAAAAUUAAAUCAGAGACAAACGUUUUGUUUCGCUAAUCUUUAUGAGUCUGCAAACACCAUACUUACAAAGAAACUAGAGUAUUAAUGAAAUUACUUCACCGCUGACAGAUUUGUUCUUUGAAAUUUGGUCAUUUUAAUAAUAUUUUUUGACUUUUCCGAACUGUUUGUACCCCGAUAAUUGCCGUUUGUGGCUACAUUUCUUUAUAAUUACUAUUUCCCACAAUUUACAAGAAUAGUAAAGCCAUCAAAACUAUGAAAUACUACCACCCCUGGAGUUCGCUAGUUCGCUAGUUCGAAUCCCAGGGUGUGCUGAGUGACUCCAGCCAGGUCUCCUAAGCAACCAAAUUGGCCCGGUUGCUAGGGAGGGUAGAGUCACAUGGGGUAACCUCCUCGUGGUCGCUAUAAUGUGGUUUGUUCUCCGUGGGGCGCGUGGUGAGUUGAGCGUGGAUGCCGCGGUGGAUGGCGUGAAGCCUCCACACGCGCUAUGUCUCCGUGGCAACGUGCUCAACAAGCCAUGUGAUAAGAUGCACGGGUUGACGGUCUCAGACGCGGAGGCAGCUGGGAUUCGUCCUCCGCCACCCGGACUGAGGCGAAUCACUACGCGACCACGAGGACUUAAAAAAGCACAUUGGGAAUUGGGCAUUCCAAAUUGGGAGAAAAAGGAAAAAAAAACAAAUGACAUAAUGCAAAUAGAAGAAUGUGAACUAUGUAGCGACCAAAAAAUAUUAAACAAAUGAAAACUCUUAAGCCACAUAUUUUAAACGUUUAACUGUUUUAAAAAUCAUGAGAAAUAAAAAUUCAGUCAUGUGUGUCCAGACUUUUGACCGGUAGGGUAAACAACACAAAACACACACUAAAACACACUUCCUGUGUCUGUAGUGUCAUAAAAGGAAAUGACGUCAAACGCUCACUGUUUGACAGAAUGUGAGUCUGAACACUAGUUAGGGUACAAUGCUCUUGUUUCUUUUGUCUCUUCUCUUCCAUGUUUAAUUAUUUGUUUACAUUUAAAGUGCUACGAAAUUUCAGUGGUACGAAGUGAACAACGAGUUUGCGAUAACAUCAUGUCCGCAUGUAAUGAGCACAACAAACGUCUGAUAGGUACAGAUAUUUAACGGUACCCGUGAAGUCUUGACCGUUCACAUAUCAGUAAGUUGAGAGUGUUUGGAAAGUAAUGCAUACAUUAAGUAAACCACUAAUGACAUGAAGCAAGCAUUUAAUAGGUGCAUUUAGUUGUUGCUUUUGCAUGAUUUCUAAAGCUGUUCUGGUGCUGUUCAUCAGCAUUACUGCAAGCCAUAUGCAAUGUCUAUAGUGUAAUGUUGUAGUAAAAAAAUAAAAUAAAUAAAAAAAACGUUUUGACUUACUAAAGGGUGCAAAAAGGUUUCUGGGUGAUACAAAGUGUGAUGACUCCUGAAGUUGAAGAAUCAAUCACAGGUGAGAAUAAAGUUUACAAACAUUAAA